AUGCAGUACUUGCCUCUGCUAUUCUUGUUAGGUGUCACUACCAUCAAUCACUUCUCGAAAGUCACGGGUUACAAGGAACGAUCGUAUGACGAGAUCGUUGAUUACCUCUUGAAACUUGAAACGAUGUACGAGGAUUAUGCCGAUGCAUUUAGCGUACAGGACAGGUAUAAUUUGCCCAGAUAUGAUGAAGUUAACUGCACUCGAAACAACCAAAUGGUGCCUUGUGAGCAAUAUGUUAUUAAAAUCACAGAGAAGGCAACAUUGCCAGAUCCAGAGCGUCCCGAACUAAUUUUUAGUGGCUGUGUCCACGGUAACGAAAGAGUUGGUCCACAAGUUGUUGUGGAGCUGGCAGCGCUCUUGCUCUCGCACGCAAGCAGAAGUGAUGGGAACCCAUGGCUUCAACACCUUGUAAAAACUCGCACGAUCGUGAUUGUGCCAACUGCUAAUGCGAAUGGAUACAAUCACAAUGCUAGAAGGGAGCUUGAUGUUGACCCAAAUCGUGACUUUCCAUACAAUUUGGAAGACAACACGAAAUGCAUGGUGACUACAGCUGCCCGUGCACUGAACGAAUUGUGGCGCGACCACUUGUUUCAGCUUGGAAUCACGUUUCACGCCGGAAGGGAAUGCAUCACGUACGAAUGGGGAGCCAAGAACCAUAUUUUGCAAUCGAAUGUUAGUGAGAAGAGUCCAGAUUCUCAAAGUCAGCAGCAACUCUCCCGAAUUAUGUCUCGAUAUGGAGGAAAGUUUGAAGAGAGUGGUCAGUUUUAUCAAGAUGGUACUAUGAAUGAUGUUGUUUACCCUGUUGACGGUGGAAUGGAAGACUGGGGAUACGCUGCGUCGUGGGAAAACGAGUUUUCAACUCCAAAACCUAUUCACACAUGUAAUCCGUCAAGCUUUGGAGGGUAUCCAGCUGCGAAGACCAGGUACAACAAUGCUACCCAUCGCGCGUUUAACGUCUUGAUUGAAACGAGUGAAAACAAGCAGCCAAACGCCUCAAGUUUAGGUGACAGUUCGACACUCUCGGAAUUAGCCUUGAAUGACUAUCUACCAGCGACAGAAAGGGUUGGUCACAUUCCUCGCAAUGUACGCUUGUCACUGCUCUACAUAGAUCUAGUGCAGCCGUAUGUGCUUUGGAAGACACAUCCGCUAAAAGCAACUGUCGCGCAAGCAGUAAAAUUUAAAUGGGAAGUUGCGGGUGCCAUAACGGUGGAUAGCACGCGUUUAAAAGUGUGGUCUGACGACCCUGCUGAUGCUAAGCUUUCGCGAGCACAACGUGGUGUCACGAGAUGGUACCACGAGGAUCUGAACUUGAAGGUGAAAGCAAAUAACAAGGGCUUAUUUGCCGCCCACCUCGAUUUUGCGGCUGCUGGGACGUACUACGUUAAGGCCAUUGCUACAGUCGACCAAAGCUGGGCAACCCAAGGUACUGGUGAAGAUCAACCGGUGCCUAUGGUUGGGCCACAAACUCACAUCGUGAAUGCUCGAACGAACGACGAUUGGCUGUACAUAAACAACGGACGGAUUGUUCGAGGUCGAACGGUGUGGUCUUCUCAAGUAGUGACUAUUGUUGUGACGUAA